AUGACGCUCUACUACAGUCUGGUAAGUGCACCCCGCUCGAUGCGGUACUUGGAGGCAGUGGCUAUCCACAAGAAGCCCAUUGGCUUUGCGGUCCAUGGGCUGCUCGCGUGCCUCCCUCUCCUGCAGCGAGUCUUCCUCCUCUUGGUGACGGAGAUGCUCAUCUUCCUUGCCCUCAUCGUCCCGCUGCCGUUCACCUGGCGCCGCAAGCUCUUCACCUUCAUCUCGGAGAGCCCCAUCGUGGCCAAACUGCAGUAUGGCAUGAAGAUCACGUUCAUCUUCAUCCUGAUCCUGUUCGUGGACAGCGUCAACCGCGUGUACCGCGUGCAGGUUGAGCUCUCUGGCAUGGGCAACCAGCAGGGCGGAGGAAACGCCAGCCUCGGCGGUAUCGAGCGCAUGGAGGUCCAGGCCCGCAAGUUCUACUCGCAGCGCAACAUGUACCUCUGUGGUUUCACCCUCUUCCUGUCUCUCAUCCUGAACCGCACCUACGUCAUGAUCCUCGAUGUCCUCCGUCUCGAGGAGGAGGUCAAGACGUUCAAGGGCGACCCCAAGGCGAAGGGCGGAAAGUCGCUCAAGGACGUUGGCGGCGCUGGUGAGGUCGGCGCUCUCAAGGAGGAGCUUGCCCGCAAGGACCGCGACAUGGAGAACCUGAAGAAGCAGGUCGAGAACAUGCAGGCCGAGUACAACCGCAUGGGUGACCAGGUCAGCGCCAAGUAGAGGAACAUUUGCCAAAUUCACGAGGACAAGCAAUCCGAUGGACGUGGAAUGCCACCGCUAUCGGAAUCCUUGGCAUCCGGGCCCAUACGAAUACGUUGUAGCAAAGUUCGCUUCUUCUGGGGGGCACCUGGAUACGGGGGAAAAUACGCCCAGAAUCCCGCGGGAUUACUCUCAAUUUCAAAAGCCGAGGCGUCGGCGCGGUGGAAAAGGAUAUGGUGUUGCUACUAUCUAGUUGAUUGAUAGCAUUGUAUACGCAAAUUUUCUUUAUUUUUUGAAGCCGAAAA